AAAACCUCACUGCACAUGCGCACACCAUGUAAACAAAGCAGCAUGGCGUGUUGUCAAAAUCUUGUCUUCUAUUCUUUUAUACAAACAUAUAUAUCAAAUAUAUAGUCUAGAUUUCUAACUUAAUAGUUUUUGAUGAUCCAUGAUGGCGGAGAAACCAGAGGGAUUGAACAAAUGUUUGCGAGACUUUUCUGAAGAAGCGCGAGAACUUUACCUGAACCAAUCCGUGCCUUACCUCGAGCUCCCUCCUGCCCCACUGGAGUUCUACCGCGACUGGAUUGGUCCAAAUAAGCCCUGCAUCAUCCGCAAUGCUUUCAACCAUUGGCCAGCCCUGUCCAGAUGGAGCCCAGACUACUUCAGGGAGAAGCUGGGGUCAAAGGUCAUCAGCGUGGCGGUGACCCCUGACGGCUACGCGGACGCGGUGAGCGACGGGCGCUUCGUGAUGCCGGAGGAGCGGAGCAUGACCUUCUCCUCGCUGCUGGACGUCAUCGAGGGCAAGGUGGAGCAGCCGGGGGUGUACUACGUCCAGAAGCAGUGCUCCAACCUGACGGAGGAGCUGCCGGAGCUGACAGCGGACAUAGAGGAGGACAUACCCUGGAUGAGCCAGGCCCUGGGGAGGUCACCUGAUGCGGUGAACUUUUGGAUGGGAGAAGCCAGUGCUGUCACUUCCUUACACAAGGACCACUAUGAGAACCUGUACUGCGUGAUUUCUGGAGAGAAGACGUUCAUCCUCCUCCCGCCGAGCGACCGGCCUUUCAUCCCAUACGGCCUGUACCCGCCGGCGGUCUACAGGCAGGCCGCGGACGGACGCUUCGAGGUGGACGAGCAGACGGACGCCGAGAAGGUGCCCUGGAUCCCCCUGGACCCCCUGGACCCGGACCUGGAGCGCUACGGGUCGUACCGCGGGGCCAGACCCCUGCUGUGCCGUGUGGCGGCGGGCGAGAUGCUGUACCUCCCCUCCCUCUGGUUCCACCACGUCAGGCAGAGCCAGGGCUGCAUCGCUGUGAACUUCUGGUACGACAUGGAUUAUGACAUCAAGUACAACUACUACCAGCUCCUGGACACGCUCUCCGGCCUCACCCCACAACCAUGACAUCACAGGAAGUCGCCAUGACCUCACUGGAAAUAACCAUGACAUCACAGGAAGUCCCGGCAGAGAGAUAUGCAGUUCAUCAUCUGGAAACGAGUCAUUCAAAUGUGCCAUUAUACUCCAUAUACUGUAUACUGAUACGGUCGUUUUAAUACUACUAAUGUACUACUUCUCAAUGAAAACUAUUUAAAUAAAUGAACUUCAGUAAACAACAAAUUU